AUGCUGUAUCUCCCUGCCACCUCUCUUCAGUAUCAGUAUGGGUCAACGGAUUACUUGUGCUCACCACGGCUGCUAAAAAAAGCAUCAUGUCACGAGAAGCCCGCCAUCAAGCCACGGCCGCAGCCGUCCACGACUCCCAGACCGCCAGUUGCACAGAAACCUCAAGUGCCCCCUAAACCUGCGCACCUGCUCGCUCUGGGACAAGACAAGAAACCCAAGAGGAUCCCACCGGCACCCUGCAGGCCUCUCCCGGCACCCCCACCGAAACCCAAACCCAGUUUUGUGUCUCCCGCAGUUGGAGCGCAGCCGCAAAAGGAAAUCCAGAAAGUGGGGCUGCUCAUCGAGAGGUUUGAAAAUUCAAGGGUCCCCAUUUUGGGGGCACUCCCCCUCUCCCAGCUGCACCUGUGUCUUAGAAUGGACACUGCGUGUAGUAUCAAUUCCUCCUGUGACCAGGACACCACGGCAAAGAUUGCCGGAGACUCCUCCCCCUUGAGCAAACUUGCACCCUCCUCCACAGAAGGAGUUGACGAUGUGGUCGAACUGUCCUGUCUGGCAUCCAUGCACAUGGACGGUUCUGAUGACACCCCGUUGGACGUGGAGGUGGACAUAGCACACGGUGAUGGUUGCCUUGAUGACAGGGAACGGGAUGACGGCUCCUCCCAUGAGUUCCUAGAGAAUCUAGAACAUCAGGACUCCUCAGAGCAGAUAAAGAUUCCUAACAGGGACAGCGGUAUCGACAGUCCAUCGUGCGCAGCUGAAGGGGAAGUGUUCCCUAAUGAGGACGCAAUUGAUGAGGAGGAUCAUUAUGACAGUGUCACGGAAACGGAGAGUCUGUCUUGUUGUGUUACCCUCAACAACAAACGGGAUUCAACUCAGGACGAGGACAGUGACUUGGACGAGGGGAGCGGUGGCGAAAUCAACUCUCUAACAGACACACAGAACGGCGAUCUGACCGAUGCACACACGGAGGCACAAAAAUGCUCAGAGGCGCAGAGGUUGUUCAACAUUGCCAAAGAACUUCUCCACACUGAAGAGGCCUACGUCAAGAGGCUCAACCUCCUCGACCAGGUGUUUUGCACUAAGCUCACAGAAGCUGGAAUCCCUCAGGAUGUCAUUACAGGAAUCUUUUCCAACAUUUCCUCCAUCUACUGCUUCCAUGACAAGUUCCUGCUUCCAGAGCUCAAGACACGAAUCACCGAAGAAUGGAACUCCAACCCACGUAUUGGGGACAUCCUUCAGAAACUGGCACCUUUCAUGAAGAUGUAUGGAGAGUAUGUGAAAAACUUUGACCGAGCAAUGGACUUGGUCAACACAUGGACGCAACGGUCUUCACAGUUCAAGAGCGUCGUUCAAAAUGUACAGAAACAGGAUGUGUGCGGCAACUUGACGUUGCAGCACCACAUGCUAGAACCGGUCCAGAGAAUUCCUCGCUACGAGCUCCUGCUUAAAGACUACCUGAGGAAGCUUCCCGAUGAUGCGCUUGACCGAAAGGAUACAGAAAAGGCAUUGGAGUUAAUAUCGACAGCAGCUAAUCACUCCAAUGCAGCGAUCAAGAAAAUGGAGAAGAUGCACAAACUGCUUGAGGUUUAUGAGAGGCUUGGAGGGGAAGAGGACAUUGUGAACCCAGCUAAUGAGUUGAUCAAGGAAGGACAUAUCAAGAAGAUGUCAGCCAAAAAUGGAACAGCACAAGACCGAUACCUCUAUUUGUUUAACAACAUGGUGCUCUACUGUGUACCUAAACUCAGACUAAUGGGGCAGAAGUUCAGUGUCAGAGAGAGAAUUGACAUUGCUGGCAUGGAGGUGCAGGAGAACGUGAAGCAGAACCUUCCCCACACAUUUGCCAUUAUUGGCAAACAGCGGUCACUUGAACUUCAAGCCAGGACAUCAGAGGAGAAGGAAGAUUGGAUUCAGGUCAUCCAAGCCACUAUUGAUCGACACAAGCAAAACAGCGAGACUUUCAAUAAAGCCUUCAACAGCUCCUUCUCACGGGAGGAUGACCACGCACCCGAAUCACCGGGUCCCUGGUCAAACACAUCCAUAGACUCAGAUGGCGAGAGGCUGCAUGAAAGGAAGAGUUCAAGAAAAAAAGACAAAGAGAAACAGACGUGUAAAGGAUGUAAUGAGAGUUUUAAUUUCACCAAGCGCAAACACCACUGCAAAUCCUGUGGAGGGGCCAUAUGUGCAAAGUGUUCAAAAACCUUGGACAAUAAAACAAGUCGAGUGUGCCCAGAGUGUUUUGAGGCCAGCCUGAGUUUGGAGAAUCUUGGUGGUGAACAGAAAAAGAAAGUAGCAGCAGAGAUAAAAACAUCACUAACAGGGGAGAACUGCCUCUUGUGUGGCCACCUGCAAGUGCAGGACAAAGGAAAGAGCUGGACCAAGAUGUGGGUGGCUGUCACAAAGGCUGAGCCACUGGUGUUAUAUCUGCAGAGUAACGGGCAGGACGUGAAAGGAGCAAGAGCCAUUCCACUGCCUGGGUUUGAGGUGACCACGCCGUCGCCAACCGCAGAGGUCAAGCAUGCAAUUCGGCUGAGUCACAGUCAGCAAACUGUGCUGCUAAAUACCCAAGAUGCGGAACUUCAAGCCAAGUGGGUGGAGCUCCUCUCAAAAGCAGCCCGUGGGGAAGCCGCCGCAGAUGCUUCAACAAAUCUGACUGAACACCAGAAGAGCCAAUAG